GGUCCCAGAGAACCCUCAGGUACAUGGAGCUGAGCCCUAUACACAUCUAUAUAGGGGGGGUCCUAGAUUCUGGGGGUCUCUUCUGUGGAUCUGUUAGAUUUCCCACCUGUCUGCUGUAUUGUACUGAAUUGUUACAGAUGACAAAUCAGGGGGAAGAUCUGACUGAUAUUAAAGUGGAGGAUGAAGAAGAGCGGAUGAUGGGCGAUCCCCCGUGUGAGAGUGAGGAGGAGGAGGACAUUCCAGGAGAUGUCACCACAGGAAAUCUCAGUAAGAAUUCUAAAGAAAACUUCAUGUUAUCACUAGAUCAUAAAGUAGAAGAUGAAGAUAUCAUGCAGCGCUCCUCAGGAGAAAACCUCAUUACCCUUAUUGUACAACCAGGACCUCACAGUACAGAUCUAUCAUAUAAUCUCUCUGAUGAGAAACCUUCUCCUGACCAAUCACAGAUUGUUACCACAAGUACAAGUCAGAAAGGGGGUGAAAAGUUUCACUGUGGUAAAGAGUCCAAAAAAGGCUCAGUUCUUUCUAUACACAGAAGAAUUUGCACAAGAAAGAAGCCAUACUCCUGUUCAGAAUGUGGGAAGAGCUUUCGAGAAAAAUCAUAUCUUAUUGUACACGAGAGACGUCACACAGGAGAAAAGCCAUAUUCAUGUUCAGAAUGUGGUAAGUGCUUCAUAGAUAAAUCAAGCCUUGUUAGACACAAAAGACGUCACAGAGGAGAGAAGCUAUAUCCAUGUUCAGAAUGUGGGAAAUGUUUUACAGAUAAAUCAAAUCGUGUUAGACAUGAGAAAGCUCACACAGGAGAAAAGCCAUAUUCAUGUUCAGAAUGUGGGAAAUGUUUUACACAGAAAUCAAAUCUUGUUAAACACCAGAUAUUUCAUACAGGAGAGAGGCUGUAUUCAUGUUCACAAUGUGGGAAAUGUUUUGCGCAAAAAUCAGAUCUUGUUAGACAUGAGAGAAGUCACACUGGAGAGAAACCGUAUUCAUGUUCAGAAUGUGGGAAAUGUUUUACAGAUAAAUCAAAUCUUGUUAAACAUCAGAGAAUGCACACAGGGGAGAAGCCAUACUUCUGUUCAGAAUGUGGGGACUGUUUUAUUACUAAAGCCAAACUUAGUUUUCAUCAAAGAAGACACACUGGAGAGAAACCAUAUUCAUGUUCAGAUUGUGGGAAAUGUUUUAAUGAUAAAUCAAAUCUAGUUAAACAUCAGAAAUUACAUACAAGGGAGAAGCCAUAUUCAUGUUCAGAAUGUGGGAAAUGUUUUAUUGCAAAAGCCAAACUUAGUCAUCAGAGCAGUCACACAGAGGAGAAUCCGUUUUGA